AGUUUUGUACGUUCUGAACAUGGUUUUCAAGACUAUCGUUUGCAUUCUGCUUGCGAGUCAAGUAUUCAGCAUCGACGUCAUAGACUACGUACCCGUCGGAUGUUACAAGGACAUACGCUUAAAUAGGGCCUUGCCUACUUUGCUCGCAAACUACCGCGUGAAAAAUGCAAAAUGGCCAGAUAUCUUGGACUGGACUGAUUUGGAAAACUCUGUCAUUAAAAAAUGCGCCACUAAGGCUAAAGAGAGGGGCUAUUCAUUUUUCGGGAUCCAAUUCUAUGGAGAGUGUUGGAGUGGAUCAGCAAGUCAAAGUACCUAUGCUAAACACGGUUUAUCAAAGAGAUGCACCACGGCGGCUCCAUAUGUGGGAAAGGAUCACGCCAACUUCGUUUACAUGCUUACUGAAGAAAAUGAAUGUAAAAGCUACAAAAUUUUUGACGACGCCUCCCGAUCUCAGUUUCAUGUAACUAACUAUGGACGCCCGAUUAGAUGCGACAAUGGACAGUUGGAUGAAAACCGCUGGUAUAGAUUUACUGGCCGAGCAGGUAAUGCCAUGGCAGACCAAUGUGUCCCAUCCAGCAGGUGUCAAACGUUUGGUACAGGAUGGUACAGCGGAUCUUAUCCUCAGGUUUCAGACGGAAUUCAAGAAGGAGAUGUUUGCUUCAAAUGGGAUGGCAAUUGCUGUAGCAAAAAAGUCAACAUUCGGAUUCGAAACUGUUCAUCUUUUUUCGUUUACAAGCUGAACAAUAAGAUCAGCUGCCAGUAUGCAUAUUGCGGAAACGGGCAGUGAUUAGGAGAGGUCUUCAGUAAUGAAACGGGUAGUGAACUGACCCACUGUA